UUUUGAUUUAUUACAGAAUUUCAAGGCUAGUACAAUGGAUCGUUCUUCUGCUGUCGCAGUUCUCAUUAUGUUAACUGCAAUUACUAGUUCACGUGGUUAUGACUGUGACGAGGGGAGAGUCAAAUGUCAGGAUGGUAAUCAGUGUAUUCAUAAAGAAAAUCUAUGCGAUGGUUACUUAGACUGCAAUGACGAAUCUGAUGAAUCUCCAGAUUUCUGUGUAGCUUUUUUGUGUAUGCAGAAUUCUAUGACUUUGUGUGACGAUGGUUUACGUUGUAUUCACAAUAGCACAUUUUGUGAUGGUGACAAAGACUGUUAUGAUUGGUCUGAUGAAAUACCGCAAAUCUGUGAAGGUUAUGACUGUGGCAAAGGAAAGGUCAAAUGCCAGGAUGGUCUACAAUGCAUUUACUCUAAUAAGCUAUGUAAUGGAAAUGCAUACUGUAAUGAUGGAUCUGAUGAAUCACCGGAAGUCUGCAAUAGUUAUGACUGUGGUCCAGGGAGAGUCAAAUGCCAGGAUGGAAUCCAAUGUAUUAAUGAAGGGGAUCUGUGUGAUGAUUUUUUGAAUUGUAACGACAAAUCUGAUGAAUCACCGGAUUUCUGUAGAGAUAGAAAGUGUCCAAGCGGUCAGUUGAAAUGUAGAGAUAACAUCGAAUGUAUUCAUGAAUCUUUCGUAUGUAAUGGAGUUAUGGGCUGUACAGACAAAUCUGAUGAAGAUGAGGAAUUCUGUAAAGCUUAUUCUUGUAUGGAGAACUAUAUGAAGUGUGAAGACGGUGCACAAUGUAUUCACAAUAACGUCUUUUGUAAUGGAUACCCAGACUGUUCAGAUGGUUCUGACGAGGAGCCAGAAAUGUGUAAAGACAGAACGUGUGAAGGAAACAUGGUUAAAUGUAGUGAUGGCAUAGAGUGUAUACAUAAAUCUCAUCUGUGUGACAAACGCACAUAUUGCAAGGACAAGUCUGAUGAAGAUGAAGAUAUGUGUAAAGCUAGAACUUGCGAUCCGGGUAAGAUAAAGUGUGCAGACAAUUUUACGUGUAUAGAGGAGCACCAUGUUUGUAACGGGUAUAUCGACUGCUACGAUGACUCUGACGAAGAUCCAUUACUAUGUAAAGCCUAUAACUGUGUUGAUGGAAUGGUCAAAUGCCGCGAUGGUUUUCAAUGUAUAAACGAAAUUGAUCUGUGUAAUGGAAGGGUGGCAUGCAAAGAUGGAUCUGAUGAAACAGCGGACAUCUGCCGUGAUUACAAGUGCCUUGAUCAUCAAGUAAAAUGUAGAGAUAACAUCGAGUGUAUUAGUAAAUCGUCAUUAUGCGAUAUCCAUAUCGACUGUUAUGAUGAUUCUGACGAAGAUGAAGAAUUCUGUAAAGCCUAUCCUUGUAUGGAACAUUGGAUGAAGUGUAAAGAUAAUAUUCAAUGUAUUCACAUAAAUGAAUUAUGUGAUGGAACCACAGAAUGUUCAGAUGGCUCUGAUGAAGUGUCGGAAAUGUGUGAAGCAUAUCCAUGUAAGGAACAUUGGAAGAAGUGUGAUGAUAAUGUUCAAUGUCUUCAUAUUACUAAAUUUUGUGAUGGAUACCUCCAGUGUGAAGAUAGUUCUGAUGAAAAGUCGGAAACUUGUAAAGAUUUCGACGUACCAGAAGAAUUGAUGACAACUACUAUUUUUACUACUUACUAGAUGAAAUUAAACAAUACAAAUGUUAUUAUUGAUUUGUCAACAUGUCUAAUCCACAGUAUUUUAUGUUCUUGAUGUAUGAAUAGUUAAUUAUAAGUGAAUUUUGACAUUUUACAACCUAUUGGGGAUUUUGAGUGAGGCGUAUGGCUAAAGGUAUAGAACCACUAAGUCGGGCCCGGUCGGAAAGAAAAUACAAGAAAGUAGUACAUAUUUUAAACAAAAUAGUUCCUUUUUGAUUGGUUACAGGCAAUAACUUAAUGCCUAGGCGUUAGCUUAUUGCCUAGUAUUUAAGCUUAAUACCUAAUUUUACUUAUUACCGCUAAUAUAUAUACAAAGUCAAUCACCCAUUCUUCAAAGGCUUACAAGGCACUGUAAGUUAACAUAUAUUACUUAUAUUAAAAUUAUGAAAUUUAUACUUUAAGCACAUUUUUAAACAAGAUUCCUUAUACGUCUUGAUGAGAAAUUAACUGAGCUCGAGAUUUUUAAAAUAUUGAAUAUAUAGUUUAACACUAGUUUACAGUCAGUAGUAAGCAAUUUAAUGAGUAUUUCGUUAUCAGAAAAAGUGGAAAUGUCUAUGAUAUUACGUUGCUGAAAUUCAGUAAAGGCGUUGUUUCUUUCAUACAAAUAUAAAGGACAUUGAACUAAAAAAUGGGUUUGCCCUCAACGGAUACAUUGUCAUAACAAACUUAGCAAAAAUCUCUAUUUGACGGGAUACCACGAUAACUCUUAUUCCAAUGGAAAAGUACCACAACGCAUUCUGGCUAAAACCUAUAUAUGUUGUCGUGUUAUAUUAGUGGUUAUGUACUGCUGUGUUUCAAAGUUUGUUUCGAGACAUUUAAAAGUUCGCAAUUUAGGCAUGCUCUUAAAAUCCAGUUACCAUUUUUGAGAAGCUUUUGACGGAGCAAAAUUUCUGAAUAGUUUGCAAUAAACUUAACGCUUAGUCCAUUUGUGUAAUUAUUGUUCAACAAAUCCAAAAAUUCACAUUUUUCCAUCAAUGAUUUUAGCUAUUGACGGAGCAAAAUUUCUGAAUAGUUUGCAAUAAACUUUACGCUUAGUU